AUUAGUCAAUAGUCACUAGCCCUAGCCCAGAAACAAACAAGCCGACUGGUUUCCGCAGUGAGAGAAACAUGAAGUUCUCAAUCUCACUGUCAAUCAUCCUCCUCCUCCUCCUCCUCAUAUUCUCGUUUCUUUAUCAAGCGUCGUCAUCGCACGGCAUCGCCGCCGGUGAAGAUAUAUCGUCGACCACUUCGUAUCGCAGUAUCUUAGCGGAGCAGAGGAGGGGCCGGACCGGAUCCCGUCAGAUCCCGGACUGCGGGCAGAUGGUAUCUAGAUCUCACUGCUCUCAGAACCCGCAGUGCAGAUGGUGCCGUAGCGAUGAGCUUGAUGACAUGUGCUUUAGCAAAACCGAGGCUCGGCGCCUGCCACAACAGGUCUUCACUUGUGAUUCAUGAAUCUCUAUUUUUUGUCUCACCAUUGUUAUGGAGAGUGAAUAGUGAAGAAGUUAUCUGGGAUGGGGUACUUGGAGGUUGUUCCUUUUUCCAAUUUGUGAUAUGGGUCUCUUUGCUUCCUUAACCUGAGACGAAAAUCGGGUAGACUCGAAGCUACUGUUGUAAUGUGAAGUGAUAUCUCUGUAAACUUUGCUUGUAUUUUUGAAUCAAUUUUUUAAAAUUUGAUAACGAAUUUUUUGAUAGGGUUACUUGUCUUUAUUGAUUCGACUUGCAAUCAGAGUUUUCUAUCCCGAACACCAAUGUGGAGCUUUCUGGUAUUUUCUUUAUAUCUUGUCAUUAUAUGAGAGUGGGAAGGAAGUAAA